GAACGGUUCAAGCAUCGAUAAAACGACAGCGUGCAGCGUCUCGAAUAUGAGAUCGGGCUCAACGAAUACGGUGGAUUCGCGUCUCCGGCCCACGAGGCACGGAUGGAUACGUGCGUCCAGCCGCGUUGCGAGACCAAGAGCGCAAUUCGGUGAUCGGGGUCGAGCGUAGUAGUUGACGGCAUUGGGCCCAGCAUUGGGUCUCGUCGAGGGGCCGAAACAUGGCGAGUCUCGAUGACUAGACGUGUACGGUGGUGCUGCGUGUACGCGUGUGAUCCUGUCGCGGAGUCAUUGUCUCUGCCCGGCGAUGUGCCGCGGAGGAUCGAGCGAGUGCCGCCUGGUAUCGCAUAUCUGCCGUCGCGACGUCCGUUAGACCGACGUUGCCGUCGAGAACCUUCGAUCGCGCUUAACCUUCGAGCCCAAGUUUCAAAAUUGACGAAACUUUCGUACGUGCUCUCGGAGAGAAACUUGAAGGUGAGGAGAACAUGAGAACGUUAAUUGCGAAAAAGGUCUCCUUCAUUUCCUCCGAGGGAAUUGAGAUUGUUCGAGCGCCUCUGUAGUUUUCACGAGCACUGCCUUUCGUCUGCGCCGAAGAAAUAAACUUUAGGUGUUGGGCAACUGAUCAUGAAUCAGCAUGUAUAGCUUUGAGGGAGACUACAGGCGUAAGCCGCAGCAGAAUCUGUCAGGUGCCAGCAGGCGGGACGAGAGAGCCGUUCUCCUGCAGCACGCGCAGUUAGAAAGGCUGAAAAGAGAACAGCAGCGCAAGAAACACGAUGCAGCGUUGAAGAUACAGGCGCAGAUACGCAGCUUCGUUACGAGGAGGCUGGUAUAUGCGCAGAAGAGAAGAGAGUUUGAUGAGGCGCAGCAGGCAGCCGGACGCAGGAAUCUGAGCCUGGAGGAACUAGUGCCGUAUCUACGAAAGUUGUUAUUCUUUUACGACCACACCUUGGACGCUAACAGAUUGAUAUGGGUCCUUCAACACUUCUUGAAACACCAGAGAGAGAUCAAAUUGAAGUCGGUUAGUUCGCCGCAGUGGCUGUGGAGGCUGCGGUGGAUUCUUUGCAUGUGUAUGCGAUACAACACGGAGACGCUGCCGGACGGAGCAUACUCCUUAGCGAUCCCACUGCGGAUCCUGGAGGUCUUUACAACGCGAGAGGAUACAGAGAGGGUGCUACGCGAGCACAGUUAUAGGCAUCUAGAGAGUAUAUUUAUCUACCUGAUUCAACACAACUACUUCGAACAGCUGAGAAAGCUGCUGGACGAGAAGGUGCCGCCGAUGGCGGAAGUGUCGUCGGUCGCACCUACGCCGAUCUCCAAGUGUUUACUGGACAUGAUUAAACGACCCGUAGACUUGAUUUCUUACGUGAAUCACAAGGAGAGUUUCUCUACGCUGGUGCUGCGGGAAUUGUGUGGAAGUAUAUUCUCUCCUAGACUGUCGGAUCCGAUUCGUAUGUUUGUUGUGCCAGCACUGGCUGAAUUCAAAGACUUUCCAUAUAUCCAGUUAAUCGCCUGUAUCAAUCGACUCCAGUUGGAACCAACGAUAAACCUGCUCUACUGUGUACUGUCACUAGAUUCGUCCAAUCAGUUGUGUAAGUAUAUAUAAAAGCUUUGUUAAUACUA